UCAUUUCCAAGCUCACACGGACAGCCAAGAUGGCCGCUACUGAAUCGAGCAUGUAUAGAGUGGUCGGGGUUCUGCGCUGGCGUUAGUGCGUGUGGUAGUACGACAUGUUCAGUUUCUCUGAAAUAUACGCAGCACCCGCGACAGUCUCACUUGUGAUAGGUUAAGAGUUUGACAUGUGUACGAAAAACAGUGGUACGCGCAAAGAGGAAACGCUAUCAUUCGCGGUUUAUUCGCGCGAAUACUGAGCCGAUCUCUCGUGUGCGUGUUUUUUUAGAUCGUACCGCCGAAAGUGUAGAACCAGUGGAAUCCAUCCAGUUCAUAGUUACAGAAGCACGUGGUGUUUGAUCCUCUUUUAUCUUAUCGCACACACCCGUGUAAGUCACCGGCGGUAGUUUCGUCCGGCGGUAGUUUCGUUGGUUAAGGAAGAUCUGGAGAGGUUCGAUCUACGCGAUCGAUAAACCGUUGGCUCAAGUGUAAGAACAACGCAAACACGUUCGAUAAAGCGGUGCAUGUUUGAAAUGAUUAUCCGGUUUCAUAAUCUCGCGAAGUCUGUCAGGGGCGGCUGGGAGGGAGGGAGGAACGUUGGUAAAAUUGAUCUCGUACUCGACGUCUAAUACACUGAUAAAAAUGUUGCUGUAAUCGGCAACGCUUGAACAGCUGGCCUAUGAUCACAUGUACCAUCGAAUUUACCUACGGCGGCCGUUGGGCAAUAUAUCGGCUCCGGGAAUCGGGAUUCGCUCGGCGUAACGAAGGUCAAAGAUCAAAGAUCGUUAGGAAAUGUAAAAAGCCACAUAAUUGGCCAUGUUAUCCCACGAUACGAAUUCAGUCGUUCGUCGACCGCUGCGGGGCACGUCACGCCGUGAUCGGUCGUCCCUCGUGUUCUUUCCUCGUCCCUCGUUCUUUUAUGUGCACACACGCACCGGCAGAUAGUACCACAUAUCCACAUACGCUCACACCAUUCUUGACCCUUGGAUCGCGUAUAGUGAUAAUUUCCUCUCCUGUCCGCGGUGGGAAAAACUGACUGUUAGUCGACGGGAAUCGUCGAACUCGUUAAGAGGAACAGACGAAAACGUCUGGGACACACGUUGCUUGUGUAUCAAAGUGUCAUUAAUCCGCAUCAAACCCGACCCCCGUUAGAGUAACGGAGGUACGUAUCGUCUGGAAAUAAGGGGUGACCGGAAAUAGCGGCAUCAUGAUCGUGGAGGACAAACAGGAAAUGGAAGGCUUCUGGAUUGCCAGCGCGAUCCACGCGAUCAAGGCGCUUUCCUACGUGUACGACCUGCUGACGUUCCCAGUCUACCUCAUACUGCAACGGCCCUGGGAAAAGAGGAAGGCCUCGAGGAGGAUCAAGGCUCGCCCGGUCGCGAAAGAUGAGCGAAGUAUCACCUUCAGGAGCAUUGACCCUCCGAAGCAAAUGCACAUCGCCCUCGAGCGUGAGAAGAUCGACACGCUCGAGAAAAUGUUAUCCUGGGUCACCAAGUUGCAUAACCAGAAGAAGUGCCUUGGCACCAGGCAGAUCCUCGCCGAGGAGGAUGAAGUUCAGCCUAAUGGUAGAAUAUUUAAAAAGUAUAAAAUGGGAGAGUAUAAAUGGAAGUCUUACACGGAAGUGGAGAGGCUCACCAACUCCUUUAGUCGUGGACUAAAGGAGCUGGGCCUCACCACUCACAAGAACAUAGUGAUCUUCGCCGAAACUAGAGCGGAAUGGAUGAUAGCAGCGUAUGGAUGCUUCAAGCAGAACUUAACGGUGGUGACUAUUUAUGCGACAUUGGGCGACGAUGCAAUAGCGCACGGUAUCAAUGAAACAGAAGUGGACACUGUGAUCACGAGUCAUGAUUUGCUACCAAAGUUCCAGCGACUCCUUGAGAAAAUAUCUGUAGUGAAAACGAUCAUUUACAUGGAGGAUCAGCUGAAACCGACGAACACCACCGGUUAUAAAGAUGGCGUGAGGCUUAUACCGUUUUCCGAUGUGAUUAAAAAGGGUAAUGAUUCAACUGCAUCGCUGUCGCUGCCCCAAUCGAAUGAUACUGCAAUUAUAAUGUAUACGUCUGGUUCCACUGGAGUACCAAAAGGUGUACUAUUGUCACAUGGAAACAUUAUCUCUACCUUGAAGGCUUUCUGUGAUGCUGUGGAAAUUAGGCAAGACGACGUUUUCUUGGGAUUCUUACCGUUGGCUCACGUGUUCGAACUCCUCGCUGAAAGUGUGUGUCUUCUAACUGGCGUACCUAUUGGCUACAGUUCACCCCUUACCAUGAUCGAUUCCAGCAGCAAGAUACAAAGAGGAUCCAAGGGUGAUGCUUCAGUUCUGCACCCGACUUGCCUUACUGCAGUACCACUUAUUCUAGACCGCAUUUCUAAAGGCAUAAACGAGAAAGUGAAGAAAUCAGGUCCAUUUAGGCAAGCGAUCUUCAAUUUCGCUUAUGAGUACAAAUUAAAGUGGUCGAGGAGAGGCUACGAUACACCGUUUUUCGACAAAUACAUCUUUGGAGCUGCGAGGCAAGUUCUUGGUGGGAAAGUCAGGCUUAUACUCUGUGGAGGAGCCCCCUUAUCACCUGAUACGCACACCCAGGUGAAAAAUUGCCUGUGUGUUACAGUGACCCAGGGUUAUGGUCUCACAGAAACCACCUCGUGUGCUACAGUAAUGGAUGUUCAUGAUAGGAGCACAGGAAGAGUGGGAGCACCAACUACAGUCUGUGACAUCCGUUUAGAAAACUGGGAAGAAGCUGGUUACAGAGUUACAGAUACCCCUCAUCCUAGAGGAGAAAUCGUUAUUGGAGGGAAUAAUGUCUCUGCUGGUUACUACAAAUUGCCGGACAAAACGAGUGAAGAUUUCUUUGAGGAAGAUGGACGGCAAUGGUUCAGAACUGGUGAUAUUGGAGAAUGCCAUUGCGACGGUUGCAUAAAAAUUAUUGACCGAAAGAAAGAUCUGGUCAAGUUGCAACUUGGUGAAUACGUGUCCUUGGGCAAAGUAGAAGCAGAAUUGAAAACGUGUCCCGUCGUCGAGAACAUUUGCGUGUAUGGAGAUGCACAUAAGACAUACACUGUGGCAUUAGUGGUGCCUAAUCAUUAUUACCUCGAGGAAAUUGCUAGUAAUUUAGGUAUUACCGGGAAGAGCAUAGAGGAACUCUGUAACAAUACACAGGUUGAGAAAGCGGUAUUGCAGGAGCUGGUCGAACAAGCUAAAAAAUGUAAUCUUCAAAGAUUUGAAAUACCCGGUGCAGUGAAACUAUGCACAGAGCAAUGGUCGCCGGACAUGGGAUUAGUUACAGCUGCGUUCAAGUUGAAGAGGAAAGCAGUACAGGAACGUUAUCAACACGAAAUAAACAGAAUGUAUGCCUCGUGAUGCCGCGCCAAGUCUUGUAAGAAAUGUAAUCGAUGAAGCGGUUCGAAAUUCAAAUUUCCUUAUUCGGCAAAACAAUACCUCGACCACCUUUAUAUAUGAGUUUGUGAGUCGAGCUCGCAAGCUGAUUACGACACACACUUCAGACCAGAAAGAUUUUGCAUGUUCGAAAAUUGCAUGGUGUGCGUCUACUGUCAAUUUUCUUUUUCGCGAUUAAUGGUGGGAAUAUAUGUAGGUGUCGACUAUUGACAUCGUGAAGUCCACUUGAUAUUAAAAUCAUAAAUAUAUUUUCUAGCAUAUCUUGUUACUGAAUUCGAUUUUCCAUUUAAGUUGGUCAAAGAUUUCCGCAGUCUCGUGCAUUAUGGGAAUAUCAAGGUUAGGAUCGACGAGAAACGUACAAAAGUACAUCUUGUAAUAUAAUCGUCGCGACGUACGACGCGAAGCGUGAGCGAGAAUAAAUGAAACGGUGGAAGACGAUAUAAUCUCCAUUGGUAGGGAAAGUCGUCGGUUUUCUUCCUUCGAAAUGUCUAUGUCCGUCUAAGCGAUAUACUCAUUCUUUACAGUGAUUCCUCCUGAUGUAACUUUGUGACAAAUGGACCGUCAGUUGGUUUUACAAUUGUGCUAAUUUUGUAAGUUCACAGCUUGUACGGUGUACUUACCCCAAGUAUUAUUCGAGAUAGUCGAGUUCCAUUUUCGCAAAGAAAGAGAGAAGAGUUCGGCUCUUCGAAGGAUUUUCUUCGAAAAAGGAGAAUUGCUCUGUUCUAUGUUAAGCUAUAUAUGUAUAUACAGAAAAUCAAUUAAUCGAGUCAGCCUUUACUUAUAAUUAACGUAAAUGGCGCAAGGCGUUAGAUUCACUCCAAUAUGUUCAAUUAUGCCUACGUAUAAAAUUCAAUCCUAUUGUUUCUUUCUUUAUUUUUUUUUGUAAUCGAAAUGACGAUAAUUCGUUCGCCUCCUACUUUUCAUAUACUGUAUAAUACUUGUCAAUACGUUCUUGCCUAGUUUUAAUCCUAGUAUAUCAUGUCGAAGCAUCACAGGAAAUGUUUUCUCCUUCUACUAUUGCAGCAGAAUGAUAUUUUUUAAGUGUGUGCGUGCGCGUAUGCAUUGGUGUUUGUUUCAAUGUUGUGUAUGCUUGCAUGCUUAUAUAUAUAUAUACAUAUGUAUGUAUAUAUAUGUGUCCAUAAACGAGGGAUACUAGACAGUACUGUGUGUGAGCUUGCAGGAAACGAUGUUCUACGAAGUAAGAAAGUCAGAAAUUGUUCUAUUAAUUUGUUUUUAGUCUUCCCGUUCGUCGUAUUUGUGAACAUAAUUCGACCUAGACAGAUCAUUUCAAUUGCUGCUUCAAUCUUUCUUAGGCUAUAAACAGGAGAGAUCCGAAAAUGAUUUAGCACUGAAUACAUUGCCCGACGAAUUUCUUCGCUGAUUCCUGUCACGCUCUGAAUCACUGCAUGGAUAUUCUAUUCGUGGCCGGUAGUCUUCCUCGCCUUGAGAAAAAGAUCAAACAGAUGAAAAGAAAAAAAGAAAAAAAAAA